AUUCAGAAAUGCCAAAUAGUCCACAAAGCAACAAGAAAGAGUUACCUGAAAGCCACUUGAACAGUGAGUUGACGCCACCGCAGCUGUCGGAGAUUGGUUUGGCCACCAGCAGCCGAAUGGCACUGUUGCAGCAGCUAAAGGAGCGAAGCACCGCCAGCCACCAUGACGAGCUCUUCAUAAAGCGGCCCGUGUUCGGCAAGCCAAACUUGCAGCUGGGAGAAGCCCAACCCGUAGUCGAUCUAGUGGCGGAGGAGAACCACUUGGCCGUGGGCGCUCAGAUGGGAGCGCUGGAGCAGCGUUUCACUCACUUAAUGAAUGGCGUGGAAACACAGCGCUGGAUGUGGGCAGAGUUUGCCUUGUCGUUCAUAGACGAGCCCAUAGUGGCCAGCGCGUGGUACGAUCUGAAUCGGUUCAUGAAGGCUGUUGGCUGCCGCAUUACGGCACGUAGCAUGCCGCGCCGCUACUGGCAGAUGGUGCGUCAGGCGGUUGGCAAGCCGCGUCGCUUCUCGCAGUCGUUCAUUGACGACGAAAUGGCCGACUGGCAGAUGGGACGCGAGCAAGUGCGGCAGCUGCAGCAGGGCAGCUUCAAGCAGAGCAAGGACACUGUGCAGCUGCUGCCGAGUCGCAUACCCAUGCCACUGCCGAUGGACGCCAAGGUGACUGCCUUUCUGCCGAAAGGAUUCGGCCACGGGGUCGUCGUCAAGCACGAGCCCAAGGAUAACACGUAUCUGGUGAAGCUGAGCAUCGGCGGCGGCGCGAAGACUUGGCUGCACCUGCCCGACACCCAGCUGCAUGGCGAACUGUGCUGCGAGAGUCUGCCGCUGUCCAUUAUGAUGGCCGUCAGCGAUAAGCCGAAGCCCCAGGAAGUUGUCGUCAAGCCGGAGAGGGAGAAGGACGCAGGCGCAGGCGCAGGCCACCUUCUCGAGUGCCGGCUACAGUCAGACGCUGCUGGAGUCCGUGGUGACUGUGAUGAAUCUGCUGAGUAUCAAGGAGAAGACCGUGCGCGAUUUACCGCCCUGAACAAGGACUUUGAGUUGCUCACCACGGCUCAGGCGUCGGGUCGGCGCGAUCCAAAGGCCAUGCCGGAGCGUGAGGCAAUGCAGCGUCGUGUUGCCGCUCACAUGAUCACCUUGCAUCGCGUCAACGAUGAUCUGCUGGAGCCGCUGCGUGUUCUGCACCAGUUUCUGCACGAGCACAAGGACGUUGAGGAUCAGAAGGCCAAGACGCUGUCGGCCAGCGAAUGCUUCCAGCAGUGCCGCCUGCAGGCCGAUCUGGAUCUCAAGGCGGCCGAGACACAGCUGGGACUGGUGGUCAAGUCGGAUGCCACCCGUGACCUGAUUCGCACACUCCACACGCUCCUCUAUCUGUUUGGCGCGCUGAGCGGUGAAAGUAGCGCCGACAUUCGCACCAUUAUCGAUGACAUUUUGGCCAGCACCAUGGAGAAUCUGCCGCCCGUGCUGGCAGCUCAGUUCAAGCAGAUGAUUGGCCAGAUUUCACCCAUCUGUGAGUCCUUUGGACGCGGUACAGAGAGUACCCAACAGCAGGCUGGAAAUGCUGCCCCUCAGGAAACCCCUCGACAGAGCAUCAACCCAAUUUCUGUACAGCAGCAAAUGGACAACUUUGACGACACGAUGGAGCCAAUGCUGUACAGUCUUUUCGAGGAAUAAAAAGCGCAACAA